UUUGACUUUUGCACAUUUAACUAAAUGUGAGAAAACAUGGGUCAUUUAGUUAAAUGUGAGAAAACUAGUUAUAGGUGCUCGUUUUACAUUCGGCACCCCAUAAUCUUCUUACUAUGACUUGUAAGGAUCGGGCGCCUACACGGGAACGAGUCCUCUCACAUUACGCGUGAAUGAGAGUUUUGUCCCUCCCGGGCCGCCGUAUACGCUCGUACGCGUUCCUCUUCCGCUUCUCUCGUGCAGCCUGACAUGCUGCGCUCCUGCGGGACAUACCGAAUCGAGGCCGGUCCUUUAUAACACCGUGGGGGCUCUGUAAAGCAUUACAACCAUGUUUACCGUCUUUGAGCCGGUUUUGUUGCUGGCCGUCCUCUCUGCCGCCGCUUCCGGCUACUUCGUUAGCAUAGACGCCCAUGCCGAGGAAUGCUUCUACGAAAAGGUCAUCUCCGGCACCAAGAUGGGCUUUAUGUUCGAGAUAGCCGGAGGAAGCCUCCUGGACAUCGACGUGGAGAUCACAGGGCCAGAUGGCAAGCAGAUCUACAAAGCUCACAGAAAGUCCGGUGGAAAAUACUCAGAGGCAGCCCACGUGGACGGAACCUACAAGUGUUGCUUCCGCAACAAGAUGUCAACGCCUAAGAUUGUGAUGUUCUCCAUUGAUAUUGGGAAGGCGCCUAAAGGCCAACACAUGGAGACGGAAGCUGACCGAAACAAGCUGGAGAUGAUUAAUAAACUGGCAAGGGUCAUGACGGCUGUGCAGCGCGAGCAGGAGUACCUGGAGGUCCGCGAGAGGGUCCACAGAGUAAAAAACGACAACACAAACAGCCAACUGGUGCUGUGGUCGUUUUUCAAAGCUCUCGUCUUGAUGACGAUGACGCUCGGACAGAUUUUCUACCUGAAAAGAUUUUUUGAAGUACCGAGUGGUUUAGUGCAUUUAAACGAUCCAGUGUCCUCCACUGUUUUCUCCCCCACCAGGAUGGCUAUUUACAAUCCAAUACAUUCAGUUACCGUAUUUUCCGUGUAAGACGCACUUUUUUCCCCUCGUUUUUCGCCCUCUGCUCGUCGAUCCUACCGUAGCGCGGAUCGUCAGCAGCAGGCUGGUCUGGUGCCGGCGGACUGUCCAGAGCAGCUCCUCAUUGCCCUGGAACCAGAGGCCGCGUCCAUUUACUGCCGCAAGCUCCGUCUCCACCAGGUGCUUGACCUGAGCCUGCAGCCGGUCACCAACGGCCUCGAC